AUGGAGGCGUCAGAGGACUCUGAGCUCUGCUUCCCUCAGCUCCUCAACGCCUCCUGCAUCAGGACCAAGCGUCCUCACUACGAGACCCUGCUGACCAACAUUGCGGUGGCCUCCGUCUCGCUGCUCACGGUGUUUCUCAACCUGCUCGUCAUCAUCUCCAUCUCACACUUCAAGCAGCUCCACACUCCCACCAACCUCCUCCUCCUCUCUCUGGCCGUCUCUGACUUCUUGGUUGGACUCCUCUUCUUCUUUCAAAUGAUGUUCAUUGAUGGUUGCUGGUUCCUGGGGGACCUCAUGUGUACGGUCUAUCAGUAUCUAGCAUAUGUUAUCGCCUCGACCUCGGCCGGAGCCAUGGUUCUCAUCUCCAUCGAUCGUUACCUGGCUGUUUGUCAUCCUCUGCUUUACUCCACACAAGUCACACAAACGAGAGCUCAGCUCUCAGUUUGUCUGUGUUGGGUCUGUUCUCUCAUCUUUCAGACUUUAAACCUCCAGGACGUCCUGCAGAAACCGGGCAGGUUCAACUCCUGCGUGGGAGAAUGUGCCUUUGUCAUUAACUACGUGGCUGGACUUGCUGAUCUGCUCUUCACCUUCAUUGUCCCCAUCGCUGUCAUCAUGGUUCUGUAUGUGAGGGUGUUUGUUGUGGCUGUGGGUCAGGCUCGGGCCAUCCGGUCUCACAUCGCAGCUGUUUCUCUCCAGCGUUCAGGGAAAGUAAGUAGAACAUCUGAACUGAAAGCCACCAGGACUCUGGGUGUUGUUAUCGUGGUGUUCCUAUUGUGCCUGUCUCCGUAUUACUGUGUGGCUCUGAGCGGUGGAGACACGCUACUGAACGGCUCAACAGCUGCUUUUGUAUUAUGUCUUUACUAUUGGAACUCCUGUCUAAACCCUUUGAUUUAUGCCUUUUUGUACCCGUGGUUUAAGAAAUCGGUUCAGUUCAUUGUGACCUGCAGGAUCCUGCAGCCUGACUCCUCUGCAGCCAACGUACUGUAG